UUUUGUGCACAUUGUGCCAUCGGGUUGUACAAUAUCAUUCCUGAUGUCAGCUGCAGGAAUGAAGACGAGCCACUCCCCUCACCUGACCUGUAUGUGUACGUUUGCAUGCCUUCGGGACAGUGGGCGUGGGCCGGGGCCUCUCAGGUGUCUCCGAACUCUUUGAGUCAUCUGCCAAUCACAAUGUGCCGUUUCUUCCUCCUUUGUUUCCACACAGCAGCUUUUGCUCUUCAAGCUCUCCUUUCUUCCUCAGUCGUACCUGCCGAGACACAAACAGGACAGAGGAAGGCGGAAGUCUGAGCUCGAUCCGUCCAAUAUGGACAGGAAGUAUGAAGGAGAAGACCCGGGUCCAGACUAGAGCUUGUGACCUGCGUGCAUCUUUAUGUGACACCACAGACUUAAAAAGGCUCCCUGGCUUGGAGGAGGCGGAUGUGAGGCUUGUUUGUUAUGCGCACCACGUUUAGACACACUGAGCUGUGAACACGUUUGUGAAGGCUCCGGCACGUUAUAAAUCCAGUAUAAUACCGUGGUUUUGCCCUUCCUCUCCCACAGGACUUAAAACCUCACAAAACUGCUGCUCAUAUGAUUUAAGGAGCCCGGAGGUGCUCUGCAUCUACUUCAGGCUGCCGCCGAGGCCGUAACAUGCUUCAGAAGUUCACAUUUUGGCAAAACGGUGGAAGACGACCUUUUGGAGUUAGAAAAUAUUUAAGGCUGCAACAUCUUUAGUCAAAAGCCAUAACAGUCCAACAGUUGAGGGAGAAGCUCAUGGAGGAGGAAAACUUGUGUUCCUCUCUGACAGAUUUUCAAAAUUCAGUCCAUCAGAAGGACUCAUGGGCCUGUAUAGAUCUCCAGAACAUAAAUGGACAGCAGGAGACAACUGUGUGGGAUGUGACAGAUUCGCCUGCUCUCCAAGAAGGACCAGAACCUCCUGAAGAGACAGAAGACUGGGAACAGAUAAUAUGGCCAGUGCGCCCUGUCAGCUCUGUUACUUCUCCUCUGUCCUUUGCAACAGUUCAAUGGGACGUCCCCGACGCCUCCCUAGAGAUGCCUUCACCCAUGACUGAUAACAGCUUGGCCAAUGAGCUGGACUAUUGCCGAGUGACGAGUCUAGACUCCACUUCCCUCUCACUUCACCGGUCUGAUGUCAUUAACACCGAGUGUUUUAUUCAAGAGGACGCAGAGGAAGAAGACGGGUUUGAGUCACAGUUGAUUCUGGACUCACAUGUCAACUGGAUGAGAAACGACUUUGAGCCAUGUGAUCCUGUGGAUGUGCAACAGCUGACGACAGAGGAAGAGGAAGAUUCAGCACAGCAGCUCUCAGAUGGAAAUAACGAAAUCCUCCCGAGGACAGAUUCAGACGUAGAGAACGGCCCACCAGCAACGUUGGAAUCUGUUAAAGUAUCGACGUCAGUCCUAAGAAAAGUGAAGACGGCUCAGAAGAUGGAUUAGUCUGGCGUAUAAUUGAAAAUUUGAGGCAAGAAGAGGAACAGGAAGAAGCGGAUGUUCUGCUGACUGCACAGCAGACUUCAUCACACAUAGCUGAGGUUGGGAGACCACAGUGAGGAGGGCAAUCAGUUAGACGGGGGAGCAGAUUGUGACAAAUGUUUCUGCGUGGAAGAGGUGAAAUCCAUCAGCUGCCUGAGUGAACAGGAGUUUUCUUCAGAGCCACUGCCACCAGCGUCUACUGGAGUAACUAUAAACCCCGAUCAGCUAAUUGAGUUUGAGGAGAGGCAGCACUCAAAAACCAGGUCAAGGACAGAAGAUCUCAAAUUAACAGAUCAGUUACAUGAAGAUCCAAUAGGUCAGUCUGAAGAGUUCGAAAUGUGCAAAGACGAUGAGCAGAAAUGGAUCCCUGACCAGUCGGAGGCUGUAGAGCUUCCAGAUGCUGAUGAAGAACUGCCAGUGCAGCAGGAAGAAACCUCUGCAGAGGUACCAGAGCCGACUGAAAAACUGGAGCAGCCAGGUUGUUUAGAGGAAGACGACAGUCACCAAGUGAUGACAUCAGAAAACGGCGAGCCAUCAGUGCAGUUUGAGCAUCUUAGGACAGCUGAACUGGCAGAGGCGUCACAGUACUUUGAAGAGGAAAAGCAGUUAAGACAAUCACACAUCUGGAGCAGCUGGACGUGACAGACAAGAUAACCAGCCGCAGGAGUCUCUGCGCUCAGAAGGAGCAGUUGGUGCCCAAGCAGGUGACUGUGAGGCGGAGGAACAGCAGGAAUGCAUGAAGCAGAACGAGCAGCUCCUGCAAACUGCCGACCUUCCUCCAGUGCAUUCGGCACAGCUCGUGCAGAGCAAGAAGAUAGAUGAGUGCAAAACGACAGAGCAACUGCUUCCUGACGCUGAGGCUUCCCAUCCCGCGGGCAGAGGCUGAAAGUCAGGCGGGCACAGCGGCUGAGGAGGCACAUCAGGCUGAGGAGGUGCAAGGUAGCGUGCCUGGAACUGUACAAACAACCGCCUCUAAUGGACAGACGGAGGAGCCGCUUAUGAAUGGAGGUGAAGUGGACAGAGAGAUGGCCUGCCGCCUCGCCGAGCAGCUGUAGCUGGAUGGGUUCCAACCAGUUGAUGUGGUGAAGCACUUGGACAAAGAUAAUGACUUCAGCCGUGCUGUUGGAGAAGAAUACCUGAAAUUCUUUGACUUCACCGGGCAAACUUUGGAUGAAGCUCUAAGGUCGUUCCUGAAAGUGGUGGUGCUAACGGGAGAGACGCAGGAGAGAGCGCGGGUCUUGCAGUAUUUCUCGUGCCGCUUCCAUCAGUGCAACCCCGACACUUUUAGCUCCUCGGGGGCCGUGUUGACUCUCACGUGUGCUUUGAUGCUUCUUAACACCGACUUGCACGGACAGCAUGUGGGAAAAGUCAUGUCCUGUUCCAAGUUUGUGUCCAAUCUGGAUGGGAUGAACGAAGGCGAAAACUUCAGCAAGGAGCUCCUCAAAAGUUUUUACAAUUCAAUUAAGAGCGAGCCUCUGGAAUGGGCUGUUGAUGAGGAGGAACUGAAUGAUUUUGUGUUGCUGGACAAAGACGCUGGGGAGGAUUUAUUUCUGCGCUCCAAGAGUAACCCCUUCCAGGAUGUUCCACAUGACAAGAAAGCUGCUCUGAUCAAACAGGGGUUUCUCCAGCGUAAACUCCAUGCUGAUGUUGACGGCAAACGUACUCCGUGGGGAAAGAGGAGCUGGAAAACAUUCUUUGGAGUGCUGCGGGGAAUGGUUCUGUAUUUACAGAAGGAUGACUACAGGAAAGAGCACCAGACCAGUGAGGAGGUGGUGAGCGUGCAUCACUCCCUGGCUGAGCCUGCAGCUGACUACACCAAAAAGCCGCAUGUUUUCCGCCUGCAGACGGCCGACUGGAGGGUUUUCCUUUUUCAAGCCUCAUCCAAAGCAGAGAUGAACUCCUGGAUCAGACGCAUCAAUCUGGUUUCGGCUCUUCACUCCUCGCCUCCCUUCCCUGCGGCUAUUGGGUCCCAGAGGAGGUUCUGUCGACCGAUUCUUCCUGCCUCGCAGUCUGCGCACACUCUGGAGCAUCAGAUGCAGUCUCACACAGGAAUGCUGGAGUCCUUUAAAGCCGACCUGUCGUACCUGCAGGAAAACAGGGUGGAAAGCCGAAGAGGCAGGUCCAAGGAGCUGGAGGAGCAGCGUGUCAGAGCAGAGUACCUCCAGCACGAGAUUUGUCGCUAUGAGAUGUACAUACAGGCGCUGCAGGCGUGGAAGAACGUGAAGAAGUCGGCCGACAGCAUGUUGAGCACGACAGAGCUGAACCUGUUUGACAAAGCCAUGUGUGGGGACUCUGUAGAGGAGGAGAAGGAAGGCGGCCUGAAAAAGUCCUACUCGAGCCCGUCUUUGGAGCUGGAGAUUCCUGCUCCAACUGUGGUCAAAGUCAGGCGCAAUAUCUCUGAAAGACGGACGUACCGCAGGACCAUCAUUCCUCGAUGGAACAAAGAAACACAAUGACGGUACGAUGGGAGGGGCCUGUAGAAAUUUACAUAUCUGUAUUACUGAAAUAAUGAGGAGAUGCAAAGAAACACCAAAGCUUUGUGUGAAAUAUGCCUCAGCAACUUGUUUUACAAUUAUUCAGCAUUUCUUAUCCUGUGCACUUUUAAUGAAGCAGACCUCCAAGAAUGUUUACCCGGGCAACUUUCUUUUUUCUUUAAUUUUUAGGUACAUAAAAUGAUGGGACCUAAUUCGCCCUUAUGUCAGACCAAAA